AGUCACGUCUGCACCUGACACAGGGUUUCUCACCUCGAUUUUGCCGACAAACGACAGCUAGCAGAACAAGUGAGCGUGAUGGAUAUGGACUGGUAGAUCUACAUGUAGCUAGCUGUGGCGGAAACAUUCUCGGCUUGCUACCUUGCCUAAACACGAACCUUGCCUCUUUCAUUUUCAGAAAAAAAGAAUAUUUUUCGUAGCUUGUUGUCCAGAGCUGUGUUCCCGUAGUCGGUAGCCCCUUGUUGUUCGGUGCUCGUAAAAGCGUUCAUACUUCACUGCGCGGUCUGGCCUUGUGGACGUCUUUGGGGACGCAGGCGGCUGCCGGGCAGUGCAUUCAGUGGCGAGAAGCCUUCAGUGUUUUCGCUAGCUGAGACUCGUGAGGAGCCAGGGAGGCCAGCAAGGAGUCCAACACGCCACCAUGCGUAUCGAGUUCGCUAUGUGGGCCAACCUCCAGGCCAUGGGGGCGGCCAUGAUUAUCCUUGUCGGAGGUAUACUCGGUUCUGCUAUUCAGUUUCGACGGCAGUGGAUAGCAUGGUACUCAAUACCAAUCAGCUUGUUGAUCAUGCUGAUUGAGUACCCUCGCAGCAAGAGAAGCAAGGGCAGCAACUUCCCAAGAGUUGGCCAGGAGCAGAUCGCACCAAUCAUCCAUGCCCUUGGACCUGUUGGUCGCAACUACUUUCUCAGAUUUGUCCUCUAUCUUUGUAUGUGCAUCCCGAUGCUCUUCUUGCUGCCGACUAUGCUGGGUGGAAUCUGUUUGUUCUUUGCCUGCACUACGUACAUGGUGGCUGCUCUGCUAGGUGAGCAGUGGCGUCCAAUUCAGCUGGGCUGGGGCAAGGGCUCCGAUGUCGCCGUGCAGGCCAAGCGAGUGGCCACGUCGGAAGCGCCGAGUCAUGCACCGCCGCGAGCGCCCAGCUUCAAGCGUGCCAAGUACAGCGCGUCGUCCACCGACGGCCUUGUGGAGGCGCAGCAGUCUGGUGGUGCUGCUGCGUCUUCCGCUGCUCCUCAGGAGAUCAACUAAGAGGAUGUAGGGGUAUAUUGUCGAUGCGGGGACGUUUCGAGGAGUGCGGUCUCUUUCCUGUUGCAUUUCCCCAUUGCGGAUUCAUUUCUCUUAGGUAGUCUCCUUAUUUGUAUGUAGUGUCCUUAUGUGUAUGUAGUGUCCUUAUGUGUAUGUAGACUGUACUCAUACUCUAAUCCUAGGUGUGCUGGUUAUCACAGGUGUUCUCUUAGCUCCAUAUCCUCUUUUGGCUGAGCCGGCCAGCGAAGAGCGCUCAGAUUUCCUCUAGUUUGCAUCCUAGUUGUAUAGUUUCACGGGCAGUUUCCCCGGCAGCACCAUGUCCAAGCCGUCUUGGAUGGAUCUAUCUUUGGAUGUAAUUCUAUAAUUAUGGCCCUAUAUUUCACACUGCAGGCAGUGGAAAUUUUAUAAGUAUUAUAAUGAUGGUAGAUUCAAUUGUUAUCCUAGGUUUCUUUUUAAUCGAAUAUACUGUGAAAUUGAAAGUCUUCACUGACAACCAUGAUUUGCAUCAAUGACUUUA